AUGGCCGCCGCCCGCCCCCGGAUCAUCCUCUUUGAUGGCGAGAUCCCGCACGAGUCGACGCCGCAAGCCAACUUUAUCGAGAUGCAGCAGCAUCAAAAAGCCAGCACGCACGGCCUCCUCUACGACGUGAACCGGGACCACCGGGCCAUGUCGGUGCCGCGCCCGCCGCCCAGCACCAACUUUGCACAGCCUACGCACCGGACGCCGACGCCGGCGCGCAAGCCGCCCACGUACAACCCGAGCGACUAUGGCUUCACGGCCAAGAUGCGCAGCCCGACGGCCAUGUUCAUCGGCGCGGUGCUAGGUGCGAUUGUUGGCGGCGUCCUCGCCAACUACAAGGCGCUCAACGGCGACGACAUCACGCCGGUCGCUGCGCAGUGGGUCUCGCUCGUCGGGUCGCUCUUCUACCGCGCCAUGACGUGCAUCGUCAUCCCGCUCGUGCUGUCGUCCAUGGCGCUCAGCGUCUCCGAGAUGCUGCGCAUCGGGAAGGGCACGGCGAUUGCGUGGCGCGUCGCCUUGUACUUCUUGCUCACCAAAGUGCUCGCGGCCACGACCGGGCUUCAGCGCGACAUUACAUCGGACUGCAGGAUGUGA